AUGCUUGGCCAAGUUACUUAUGGUUGGAUAGAAAAGCGUUGCAAACAAGCAACUGGUUCUUUUGACAAAGUAUUUGGAGGAAAAUCAUUGAUUUUAACUAGUUAUCCAGGUCAAUUGCCACCAGUAGCAAAUAAGUCUCUUUACCAUGCUAAACCAUCAAACGCUGUUGGUGAACAAGGUUAUCAAGCAUAUCAUAUGUUUGACAAAGUUGUUAAACUCAAUGCAAAUCAACGUGUGCAAGGUAUGACAUCUGAGCAAGUACAAUUCAGAGAUUUGUUAUUACGACUUCGCAAAGGUGACUCAACAGUUGAUGACUGGAAGUUACGUCUGACACGUCAACCAUCGAAUGUCACUAUGUGA